GAACGCGCGGCCAGUGUCAGUGCGUGAACGUCACCGUCAUGAGGAGCGCGAGGAGGCUCGUGCCGCUGCUGCAGAGUCCCGGGUGGAGCCUUCAUCCCCAGCGGCUCCACCAUCAUCAUCCUCACCGGCCCUCCGUGGGGCUCAUCGGGGCCCCGUUCUGUAAAGGACAGCCUCGCGGUGGAGUGGAGGGGGGUCCGGACCUGAUCCGGGGCGCGCGGCUGGUGGAGCGGCUCCAGGCUGGAGGCUGUGCAGUGAAGGAUUAUGGGAAUCUGCAGUUCGAGGAGUUCGCCGACGACGAGCCGGUGGGCGUGGUGAAGAACGCAAAGGCGGUGGGCAGCGCCAACCAGAGGCUGUCGGAGGCGGUGCACGCCAUAAAGAAGGACGGACACACCUCUGUGAUGCUGGGAGGAGACCACAGCCUGGCCAUCGGUUCCAUCCACGGCCACGCGGCGGCGGUGGGAGAGCUGAGCGUGGUGUGGGUGGACGCACACGCUGACAUCAACACGCCGAUGACCACGGAGACGGGAAACCUGCACGGACAGCCCAUGUCCUUCCUACUGCGAGAGCUCAGGUCAAAGACUCCCACUUUACCGAACUUCUCGUGGAUCAAACCGUGCGUUUCGGCCAAAAACCUGGUUUACAUCGGACUGAGGGACGUGGAUCCGGCAGAGCAUUUCAUCCUGAAGCUCCUGGGUGUGAAGGCCUUUUCCAUGACAGAGGUGGAUCAGCUGGGCAUCUCCAGGGUCAUGGAGCAAACCUGCGACUACCUGUGUGACAAAGUGCAGAAACCAAUUCACCUGAGUUAUGACGUGGAUGCUGUCGACCCGUCUGUUACCCCGGCAACAGGGACGCCUGUGAUUGGAGGACUGACCUACAGGGAGGGGCUUUACGUCACUGAGUAUCUGUGUCAGACAGGUCGUCUGUCUGCUGUGGACAUGGUGGAGGUCAACCCCCUUCGUGGACAGACUGAACAGGAAGUCCAGUCCACUGUGGGCACCGCCGUCGACCUGCUGCUCGGCUGCUUCGGGCGCCAGCGUGAAGGAAACCACGCCCCCGAUUACCAAUUACCACUGCCUUAACGUGACACUGAGCCCUCCCGCUGCACCUGAACGUCUCACCGAACCCCUUCACUGUCUAUGAUCAGAGCAACACAAUCAGAAACGCUGUUAACAUGAUGUCCCUGAACCUCACACUGUGGUUUAUUACUGAUGACGUGAUGGAAAAGAAAACAUGAAUCUGAAAAAAGAUGCACUUUGUGAUUUAAUUUUACAAUCGAGAUAUGUAUUUUUUAAAUGAAAUGCAGCUUUUUAAAAUGUGUAAAAUGUCCUGUUUUUAAGGAUUCUUGUGCAAAUAAAAAGAGCAGUUUCUGUUAAAGAACACAUUGCAAAUGCUGAUAUAUUUGAUGUGUAUGAUAGUGACUUUUUCUUGAUGAUUAAAGCAGUUAUUGUUUAUUAAAAUGG